GGAUCUAGAUCAAUUGCAACGUAACUUCCGGUAAAUAAACGCAUACGGUGAACAUCUUGACAAAAUGUUGGAUUUCUUUACAAUAUUUAGUAAAGGAGGGAUCGUUCUCUGGUAUUUUCAGGGAACAUCGCAGCUUUUUACUGCGCCGGUUAACUCUCUCAUUAGAAGUGUUAUUUUACAGGAGAGGAGUGGCAGUAACCAGUUUACACAUGAAGCAUUGACCCUGCAGUACAAGCUGGACAAUGAAUUUGAGCUUGUAUAUGUGGUUGCGUAUCAAAAGAUUCUUCAAUUGUCAUAUAUAGACAAGUUUUUGGAUACCAUCCAGCUCGAGUUUAGGAAUAAAUACAAGGAUGAUCUGCAGAAUGGAGCACUGGCGCGGACCUUUGACUUCCAGCUUGAUUUUGACCGAAUCCUCAUUGAAGUCGAACAAGAGACGAAGAAAAAGCUACUGAAAGGACGGACGAUGAAAACUUUCGAAGAGUCAGAAAAGUCGAAGAAAACUGUGAAGUCGAUGAUCGAAAGCAAGCCAGAUGACAAAACAAACGGCAAGAAACCUGCAAAAGGAAAGGAAAAUAAACCUAUGCAGAGUCCCCCUGCACAGAGCAGCCCGAAGCCAGCAGCCGCUCCCAUGGCAACCAGUAACCAAAGCAAUGGAGAGCUGGACCCGGAAACCAUCCGUAAGAACUUGGAAAAGAAGUUUGGCACAAAGCCAAAGAAGGGUGCCGAACCGAAAAGUCCUGAGAGCGUCAAUAAGAAGAAGGGGAAAGCAGGGACGAAAUGGGACCUCAGUGGCACUUCCAAGGACGCGGAGACCCUGGACUUCACACCAGACAAGGGGGCUGAGGGGGAGACCGUAGAAAUGAGGAUCAAAGAUGAGGAGAAGCAGUAUGUAGGUACGAUGGGGGGACAGCUGAAGAACAUCGAGACUGACUCGGAAAGUGAAGAGGAGGAGGAGGAGGAAACUGCAACAAAGACGGCCAGCUCCAAGAAGAGCGGUGGGGGGAUGUUCAGCAUGUUCAAGAACCUGGUUGGAUCCAAGAUGCUGUCACAGGACGACCUAAAACCAGUCCUGGAAAAGUUCAAGGAACAUCUCAUUUCUAAGAAUGUGGCUGCAGACAUUGCCCAGAAGCUGUGUGACUCUGUGGCAGUGAAGCUGGAAGGGAAAGUCCUGGGAACAUUUAGCAGUAUUACAACAACUGUUAAGACGGCUCUCAACGAGGCAUGUCUGCAGAUACUGUCUCCCCAGCGUCGUGUGGACAUCCUACGUGAUGCCAUGGACGCCAAGAAGGCACGCCGCCCCUUCUGUAUCACGUUCUGUGGAGUGAACGGUGUGGGAAAGAGUACUAACCUUGCUAAGAUCUGUUUCUGGCUGAUCGAGAAUGGUUUCCGCGUGCUAAUUGCAGCCUGUGACACGUUCCGUGCGGGUGCCGUGGAGCAGCUGAGAACCCACACCCGUAAACUGAAUGCCCUUCACCCGCCUGAGACCCACGGAGGUCAGCAGAUGGUACAGCUGUACGAGAAGGGCUAUGGCAAGGAUGCGGCCGGGAUAGCAAUGGAGGCAAUAAACUUUGCUCGAGACUGCCAUAUUGACGUAGUCCUGGUGGACACCGCUGGACGGAUGCAGGACAACGAACCCCUGAUGAGGGCUCUAGCCAAGCUGAUAAAAGUGAACCAGCCGGAUCUGGUGCUGUUCGUGGGUGAGGCCCUGGUGGGUAACGAGGCUGUUGACCAGCUGACCAAGUUCAACCAGGCCCUGGCUGACCACUCCAACAUGACCAACCCCAGACUCAUUGACGGCAUCAUCCUCACUAAGUUUGACACCAUUGACGACAAGGUGGGGGCGGCCAUAUCCAUGACGUACACGACCGGUCAGCCAAUCGUGUUUGUGGGAACUGGGCAGACGUACACUGACCUGCGGAACCUGAAUGCCAAGGCUGUGGUGCACGCACUUCUGAAGUAGAACUAUUUUCUGCUACCAAAACCUUCAGAGAAAUAUACAAUGAGAUAUGCAACAGUGCUAAUGCAAAGCAAACUGUAACAAGCUAUAAUAUGCGAUCAUGGAAUUACAACCAGGGUCAAUGAGCCCUUGAUUUUAAACAUUAUGCAAGAAAAUUUCAUUUUAUACAAUUUAAAGAAGUGUAAUCACUAACAAUGAUUUAAGAACAAACCUGGAUGAUUUGCUUAUUUUAACAAUUAUAUAAACGUUUUUGGUGUUUUUCAUUUUCGAAAAUGAUCAAGUGACUGAUUUUUAUGUAAGGAGUUUUGUUAAUACUUGCACAGGGAUACUAUAUAACUAUUCAGAGAGAUAUAUAUACAUUCAGACUGCCCUGGGUCACUUGCUUGUAAUACAGUUAGCCUGUAUUAACUUUAUUAUUGUCCCCUACCGAUGAAACCGGAGGGGACUUAUGUUUUGCGCUCUGUCUGUCAGUCUGUCACACUUUUCUGGAUCCUGCGAUAACUUUGAAAGUUCUUCAUAUUUUUUCAUGAAACUUGAAACAUGGACAGAUGGCAAUAUGGUCGGAGAU